AUGGACGUGGCUGCGGCCGCCAACCGCUUCAGGCGCCGGAUGCGCCGGGCGCUCUACCGUCUCAUGGCGCGCAGCGAGUUCUUCAUAGACCGAAACACCGGGGAAGACCACUGGAUGUACAAGAAGGUCAAGAUGAUGGCCAACCGGCUGGUCUCGGCCAUGUACAAGACGGAGAGCGCCAUCGUCAUGGUAACCGGGCCGCCGGGCUCGGGCAAGUCGUACCUCGUGACCUCCGCGCUGAUGCUGCUGUACGACACAAUCGCCAUGGACGUGGAGGAUCAGGGGGUCAUGGAGUUCGACACGGAGUUCGAGCCGAUGGAAGGCUUGGACGGCCUAUCCUCAGACGCGGAGAGCGUCAGCGAGAUGCCCUGGCGCGUCGAGAUCAUAAUGCUCGAAAUAUACAAUUACCGCGACGAGAUGAAGUGCAUGAAGCACCUGGCGCUGCUGCUGGAGAAGCUGGCAGGGGUGAGCGGCUCCCGCUGCGGGAUAGCGCGCUGCCAGGAGGUCCAGGAGCGCAUCAUGCACUGCAUGAAGCUGCUCAGGAAGUCGCACGUGUACGUGGUAAUCGCGCUGGAGGGGAUGGACGUGUUGACCAAGGGCAGAAACGACUGCAGCGAGAGAACGGGUUCGUGCCACCGCCGGCAGGGCAUGCUCUACUUCAUCGGCAACAUGCUGGCCUGCGAGGACAUAGCGUUCGCGUUGGUCGGCGUCACGCCGGACGUGCGGACGAUGGAGCGGCUGGAGAAGCGCGUGAGGUCGAGGUUCAUGCACGAAACCAUCCACUGCGACCGAACCGCCGACUACGAUGCCGUGGCGGCGCCGGGGAAGCUCUCGCUGCUGGGGAAGGAGGCCGUGCUCUUCCUCGACGACGAAUCUAAGCAAAUGCUCGGGGAGGGGUUGUUGUGCGGGCGCAGCGCAACCAGCACCAUCGCCGCCACAUGUGCCCAGCUCUACGACGACGCGUUCGAGGUCAUGGAAGACGGCGAACUCUGCAUAUCCAGCGACGCAGUGACGGCGAAGCUUCGCGAUUCCGGGACCACACGAUGGUUCGAGUCGAUCGUUGAGCACCUCUCGCUGCCCCAACACUACGUGUUGGUGUCGCUCGCCCGGCUGCACUUGCAGGGCAUCAUGCCGUUGACCCUCCUCGGCGUCGAGCGGGAUCUCAAAGAAAUGUGCAUAUAUUACCCGAAUGAAAAGAAGGCCAUGCCACACUUCAAUCCGGAUGGGAUGCUUGAACCCCCUCGCCCGCAUCAGCGACCCGCAAGCGGCGAACGCCCCCUGCAGAUUCCCCUGCUACAGGACGUAAGUCAGAAGCCCAACGGACUCAUGCGCCCCAGGUAUGCCAAGAUGGACCACAGCAAAUUGUUGCCCACACAUCUUGCCGGGUGGCUGGCUAUGGCGGUGCGGGCACUCAAGUGA